CGUGGCAGCGACAGUUCCACGGUGUGAGUUUGUGUGUCUGUUUAUGUGUCUGUUUGUGUGAGUUCACACCUGGAAUACUUACAGUUUAACUUCUUUCGGGUUCUGUUGGGUUUCAUGUCUCGGUUCCGCUGUUAGCUGUUAGCCUGUUAGUUCACUUCGUGUCAACUUCGGCAGAGUUCGGCAGCAUGUCGGAAACAGACCGGAGAGCCCGGUACCUGUACCGGCUGCCGCCCUCCGUCCUCUGGGAGUUCUGCCGGGUCAUGGAUGGACUGUCGGACCUGGACUGGACCCGCUUCGCCUCACAGGUCCUCGGUGAUCAGACUGCCGUCCGAUUGGCUGAGAGGAGGAGGAGGCGGACUGAUUGGGUGAUGAACCAAUGGGAGAACAGGAAUGGGCGAGUUGGAGAGCUAAUCGACCUAUUGGACAGUCUGCAGCUGCAACGCCCCCGUGAUGUCAUCCUGGAUUGGCUCUCUGGUCCGAAUCCUCCCCCUCCUCCUCCCCCCUCUCUUCUCCCUCCCCCUUCUCUCCCUCCUCCCCCCCCCCCUCCUACCUCACCUAAAAAAGAUGGACCACACAGUGACACACAGCCCCGCCCCACGGCGGCAUGCAGCGGUGCAGUGAUGUGCUGGUCAUAUGAAGAGGUGCAUGCUGGGACAGAGGGGUUCUCCCCCUCUCUGCAGGUGGGGGAGGGGGGGUUCGGCGCCGUGUACCGAGCGUCGCUGUCCAACACUGUCUGUGCCGUCAAGAGGCUGAAACAGGACGGUGAGCUGGAUUGGACGGUGCUGAUGGAGAGCUUCCAGACGGAGGUGGAGAAACUGUCAAAGUUCCGACACCCAAACAUCGUGGAUCUGUUGGGUUUCAGUGAAGGAGGAGGAUCCAUGUGUCUGAUCUACAGCUACAUGGAGAACGGAUCAUUGGAGGACCGACUACACAACGUAACAAACACACCACAACUUACAUAUGAGUGUGUGUUCCUGUCAUGGUCUCAGAGGAUGAACAUCGUUCAUGGAGCCUCAGCAGCUCUGCAGUUCCUUCACUUCCCCCCUAGAGGACAAACACCACUGAUCCACGGAGACGUCAAGAGCUCCAACAUCCUGCUCGACCGUCACCUGGCGGCGAAGCUUUCUGACUUUGGUCUGGCUCAGUUUGCGUCUCGGAGCUCUUCGGGUCGCCCGGCGGAUCAGACGGGGGCUCAGACGAAAUCCCUCGGUAAAACGACAACAGUGAAAGGAACGCUGGCUUAUCUGCCAGACGAAUACGUGAGGAACGGACAGCUGGGGACAGCGGUGGACGUCUACAGCUUUGGAGUGGUGCUGCUGGAGGUGCUGACCGGACGCCGAGCGCUGCACAAAGACAGGAGGUCCGGAGAGAGAUACCUGAAGGACCUGGUGGAGGAACUGGAGGACGGUCCAUGCGGCUCAUCUGAAGCAGCGUGGAGGAAACAGCUGGACGGGCGGCUGAUGGCAGGGGGCGCUGCUGAGCCAGCCAGCUGCCUGCAGGUUGCUGCUUUGGCCUGCAGAUGUUUGGACAAGAACAAGAGGAGGAGACCAGCCAUGACCGAGGUGUUUCACAGACUGGAGGACGUCCAGACCUUCAUGAGGAGAACCAGCUCCUCCUCCUCCUCCUCUGCUCCUUCAGUCCCCAGACCACCUCCCAGUCUGGACUCCAGGGUAGGAGCUUUGUCUCAGCAGCUGUCCACACUGGGACCACUAGAGGACAGCUACCCGUCCUCCCAGUCCUCCCUGUCCUCCCAGUCCUCCUCGUCUCUCUGCUCCCUCCCCCCUCCUCACCCCCUCCACUCCUCCUCCUCCCUCCCCCCUCUGUCGUCCUCGUCCUUCCUGGGUCCGUGUGAGACGGAUGAGAGUCGAGGUUUCUCCCAGUACCACCUCAGCUCCCAGUCUAACGGGACCAGCAGCAGAGACCAGAACCACCCGUCUGUCCCCACCGAGGACCAGUACAACUUCCCCCCACAGCCCAGCACAGACGGCGUCCUCUCAGCAGGAACCUCAGCAGGGUUCUCUCCUGCAGGGUCCCUGCAGUCCACGUGUCCGGGGCCUUCAGUCCACAUGAAUCCCAGGAAGCAGCGGCUGCUGGAGAAGAAAGCUCAGUACGAAGAGGGAAGGAUCCAGACUCCAGAGCUGCUGUCUGAUGAUCUCUACGGAGCAGCCAGUUGUGACUUCAGAGGACCUGAGGAGAGCGAUGAGCUGGAAUAUCUUCCUGCCAAACACGACUGACCUGAUCUCCACCUGGACCACAGAUGAACGUUGAAUGUGAUUCACAGAUGAGAACGAUCUCAGAAGCAGCUGUAGCUGUUACCAGAGUUCAGAAAGCCAACAUUCAGAGCUUUAUUGGUCACAUCAUGGCCAGUAAAAUGCAGAGUGACGUCCACAGAACUGCACACCAGCAGGAGAAACAUUCCUGAAACACAAUACGACCAAACUUUAUUGAUCCUUUUACUGUUAUAGAAUCAAACCAACUGGACUGAAAACUGUCAGAAAACAACUAUUUAUUCAUCACACCUACUCACUCUGCUGAAAUAAUAAAUCUGCCACAGGUUUUAUUUGGAACCACUGAAUGUGGUUUCAAAACUAGAAAUAACAGAAUCAGUGAAAACAUGCUCAUAUUUCACACAUAGAUAAAUCAGGUUGGUUUUUACAGUUAUAAUCCAAGGUUUGUUCUUGUUUUGUUUUUAAUAAAUCAGUUAAAGUUUCUUUAACCCUUA